CCCGUGCCGCCGCUGCACUCUAUAGUGACCGGUAACGAUGGCUGAGGGUCGCUGUGUGGGGUGUCGGCGGCUCGGGCCACGCUGCUAUCCGGUCACUCUCAUAGUCAGCGCCGCCGGGUUUCUCCACCCCCUGCCUGUCAUCCAGAGGCGGAGCCCUGCGCCUCUCUCCUCCUCCCCCUCCGUAUGUCCGUGGCUGGCCGGAUGGCUGUCCUACUCCAGGCCGGGGCUUUGGCCGAGUCUACGCGGCUUCUAUAUUCCUUUUUCCCGGCCGCCGGUGCAGACAAUGUGCUUGUGGCAGCACGCAUGGAUAACUGGAAAUAAGCUGCAAUGGAAACGCCUUCACCAGAGUUACAUUCCACGCUUUAAGUGAAUCAGAUAUAGCUCUUGAAGUAUCAGACACUAACGGGCACAAGUGCUUAGGAUUCCAGAUGAACUCUGAUAAGUAACUAGUGAAUCUUGGUGUCUUCAUCUGGAAACAAAAUGAGUGAUGUUCAGGCCACAGUCGAAUUUUCAGUGGAGCUUCAAAAAUUCUACAACGUGGAUUUAUUUCAAAGAGGAUUUUAUCAGCUGCGAGCAUCUAUGAAAAUCCCUCCCCGCAUUCCUCACAGAAUAGAAGCAAGUCUGCUACGUGUCACAGGUGAUGACUUGGCCUUUCCAGCAUUAGUGCAAGAUACUGUUAUCUGCAGUAAAAUUUUUCAAAUAUUAUACAAGAAUGAGGAGGUUGCAGUCAACGAUGUAAUGAACUUCAAAAUUAAGAUGCUCCUAGAUGAAAGAAAGAUUGAAGAGACUUUGAAUGAACUGGUGUUUCAGCUUUCCCUUGACCUCUAUUUUACAGACACAGACUAUUCACCAAAUGACCCAAACGCCUUGCAACUAAUUAGUAAUCGAACUUUAAAGUUGCACUUUAACAUGCAUAGAGGCCUUCAUCACCAUAUCAAUUUAAUGUUUGAUUACUUUCACCUCUCAGUCAUAUCUGUUGUAGUUCACGGCUCUCUGGUUGCUUUGCAUCAACCACUCAUCAGCUUUCACCGUGCAAUGAAAAACACCUGGUUGAACAGAAAUGCUCCAGCCCAGAACAAGGAGUCUUCAAUCCCGACACUGGAAAGUGUAGUGUUUGGCAGUAACUACACAAAGCAGCUAUCUGCAGAUGGUAACAGCUUUGUGGUUCAAGAAUGUUUCCUACAACAUGCCUACAACUUUCAUUAUACCCUCUGUGCCUGCUUGCUGUUAUCAUUUAAGGGAUUAUACAGCUAUUUCAUGACUGUAACAAAGGGCCUACCCUCUUCCCUGAAGCUGGAGUUGGCCAAGCCCCGCAUGCAGGUCCUAUAUGAACGUCUUCUCAGAAGAAAAUCUCCGUGGUCGGCAAGAGACACCCCUCAGGAAAAAAUUGAUGUGGAUGCGCGUCUCUCAGAACUGUGUGAAGAUGUUAAGAAAAUUGACAAUCCAGAUGAAUUGGCGGAACUAAUUAACAUGAACCUGGCACAGCUUUGCUCACUUCUGAUGGCUCUUUGGGGACAGUUUAUUGAAGUUAUUGUCUUGCAAGAUGAAGUUACAGCUAUUGUUGCACAAGAACAUCAUACAUUAAGAGUUCGCAGAUUUGCAGAAGCUUUCUUUUGCCUCGAGCAUCCCAGAGAGGCAGCCCUGGCAUACCAAGAAUUACAUGCCCAGAGCCAUCUUCAGAUGUCAACAGCUAUAAAGAACUCCACCUACUUCAGUUCGCUUCCUCCUCUUCCUAUAGAAUGCAGUGAAUUGGAUGGAGAUUUUAACUCACUUCCUAUUAUAUUUGAAGAUCGUUAUUUAGAUUACAUUACAGAAGAUUUGGAUGGCCCUUGGCUUGGAGUUCAGAACUUGCAAAGAUCAGAUUCUAAUAAAUUGGAGAAACCUGAUAAUGAAGAAGGAUCUGUUUAUGGGCCUUCCAGCCCAGAACUAAAAGUUGGAGCUGAAGGUGUCUCCAGUCCUGCUCUGUGUCUUGAAGGUGAAAAGCAGCUAAUAAAAACACAAAAGUCUAAAUAUGAAGAUGACAAUAAAUCAAAAACUAAAGUAAAUAAACUUAUGAGAACAAUGAAACCUGAUAAUCCAAAAAAGAUAGUGAAGCAAAAUUCUAAGGACUCUGUAGUUUUAGUGAGCUACAAAUGUUUGAAAGCAGCUACAGCAGAAGCUAUGUCUAAACCAUUUGAAGGCAGGCCUUCACAUUGCCAUAAGGAUGGACAUAACCCUAGUCAAGGGUUUCUAGCAAGUGACACUAAGUCAUGUGGGUUGCAUACAUGGCAAAAGGGGCAUAACCCUCUGCCAUCUAACAUAGUCACAAACAAACCACUUUCUGUAAGUGGUGACAAUUCUGAGAUAAACCAGAGCAGUUCUUGGGAUUACAGUAAUCUAACGCCUUUCUCCACUUCCACCAUUUUAGGUACACUCAGCACGCAACAGGCAGGUACUGGGGUUACACAAGCGGAUAGUGCACCACAGCAAGAAGAAAGGUGCCGUGGUGUUCAAACCACAGUACCUUCUGGAGUGAGGACAAUAGAGGUUAAGCCAAGUAGCAGGAACGCAUACGAGGGUGAAAAAGUAACUGUUAUUUUUGGCUCCAAACCAGAGGUUUGUAAAGACAUUACUAUUAACAGUGACAUGCAGGGACAAUGCUUAUCUGCUUUGCCUAGUGGAGUAACCCAAUUACUGGAACCAGAUUCAGUGUUUGAAAAAGAUGUUGCUCUGGCAGCUAAUAUGAAAUUAUCUGAGAACGGAGAUGCUCUCUCCAAGCUGAAACACAACCAGCCACAACUUACCUCAAAGGAGGUCCACAUUGUAGUCAGUGGGGAUACAAUAAAGUUGCCAGAUUUCAGCAUAACUUGUGCAUCGUCAAGAUUUUCUGACUCAGGUGUAGAAAGUGAACCAAGCUCUUUUGCAACUCAUCCAAAUCCAGAAUCAUCUUUAGAAAAUGUAGCCGAGCGUGACCCUGUUUCAACUGAUAAAGUUUUGUCACAGAUGUUGCUCAAACCAGAAUCUAACCUUAAAACUACUGUAGAAAGCCACUGUACGGAAAGCACUAGUGCCCUCAGUGAAAUCCAGUCGUCUUUGACGUCUAUAAACUCCUUGCCUUCUGAUGACGAUGAGCUUUCUCCAGAUGAAAGUUCAAAUAUUUCAAUUGUGCCUGAGAGCCAGUUGAGAGAUAGUAAAACUGUCCUAGAUUUGGGUGCAGUUGAAAUGCCAAAAUUUGAUCCCAAGCAAUCUAACAUACUCUUACAGCCUCAGUGUGUUGUAUUUUCUGACAAUGAAAAUAUGUCUGUGCAUUCCUCCCUCUCAAGCAUCCGAGACCUUUUCCAGUUUGCUAUUUCUGAUGAGGAAACUCCAAAUGAGUUCAAAAGUAUUCCUGUUCCCCUUACUGGCUCUAUAACCACUUUCAGAGAACCUAAAAUUCCAGAAACACUUCAUCAGAGCUCUCAUGUUGCACUUGAUCCAGAAGUUAUCGUUGUGGGAGAACCAUCUGUGAUUUCUGGUUCAGUUGUUGUUGAUGAAGAGAAAUAUACUGGUGUUGAACCUAAACAGACUAACCAAGAUAUGACUGAAGCUGUGAGUAGAAGUCCUUCUGCUGUUAUACUUUGCUCUGCUAACAGCACCGACCUUGUCAGACAAGGUUUUGUAGAAAAUUAUUUUGGUUCUCAAAGCAGCACUGAUAUUUCUGACAUCAGCCCUGCAAAUGAUUUAACAUAUGCUAGUCAUGCAAAAGAUGAUACAAAGCUGCAGUUAACUGGUCAACCAUUGCAAGAAGAUGAUGAUGAUGACGAUGAACAAGAUGAAGAAAUGAUUGAGAAUGGCUACUAUGAGGAAACAGAUGGCCCAUUAUAUAAGUCCGAAGAUCCUGAAUGUGAAGUUAUCCAUGAUAAGAGUUUGAGAUCUGACCAUAUUAGUUCGGAAUAUUUCAAAGAUGCCAUGACCAUGCCUGGAGUUUGUACAACCAGCUGUUUAGCGUUUUCUUAUACAUUGAGAGACUCUCCUUGUGGCAUCGCAUUUACUCCAAGGAACACACUUGACACUAUUACAAGGCAACCGGGUGGUGCAAUAGUUGGAUCUUCAUCCUCUCUCGCUUGGUAUGAAAGCUCUCCAAAGCCUUUAAUGCUAGCAUUCCUUCAGGCCAAAGAAGAAUUGAAGCAACUGAGGCUCCCUGGGUUUUUGUACAGCAAUGUGCCUCAGUUAUCUUCCACACUUCCAUACUUCAGCAUGGAAGAAGAUGACAGCUGUGAUGAGGGAAUCCAUUUAAUUGUUUGUGUACACGGGCUUGACGGCAAUAGUGCUGACCUCCGUUUAGUAAGAACAUACAUUGAGCUGGGGCUGCCUGGUGGACGCAAAGACUUCCUUAUGUCGGAGAGGAACCAGAAUGAUACAUUUGCUGACUUCGAUUCAAUGACAGAUCGUUUGCUAGAUGAAAUAAUCCAGUAUAUUCAGAUUUACAAUCUAGCCAUUUCCAGAAUCAGUUUUAUAGGACACUCUUUGGGCAAUUUAAUCAUACGAUCAGUUCUUUCAAGACCCAGAUUCAAAUGUUACCUGGCCAAGCUGCACACGUUCCUUUCCUUGUCUGGUCCACACCUGGGCACCCUUUACAACAGCAGUGCUCUUGUUAAUACAGGUCUGUGGUUUAUGCAGAAGUGGAAAAAAUCAGGUUCCCUAUUACAACUGACUUGCCGAGACCACUCGGAUCCACGCCAAACCUUUCUCUAUAAGCUCAGCAAGAAGCCAGGUCUGGAGCACUUCAGAAAUGUGAUUCUGGUCAGUUCCUUACAGGAUCGAUAUGUCCCCUAUCACUCAGCUCGCAUUGAAAUGUGCAAAACUGCUCUCAAGGACAAACAGUCCGGACCGGUAUAUGCGGAGAUGAUCCAAAACAUUCUUUUACCUGUUCUGCAGAACAAAGACUGUAAUCUAGUGCGAUAUGACGUCAUUCAUGCAUUACCCAACACAGCAAAUUCUCUUAUUGGACGAGCAGCCCACAUUGCGGUUCUUGACUCUGAAGUAUUUUUGGAAAAAUUCUUUCUGGUUGCUGGCCUUAGAUAUUUCCAGUAGGAGGAGGACACUGCCAGACAAUUUAUGUAAUACCUCAUUAACAAUAAUUCUCAAAGUAUGUGGUAUUAAAGUGUUAGCUGCCAUUGUAUUUUGAGCUAUAUUUAUAUUUUAUUGUGAUUUCAAUUUGGGUUUUUUUCUUUGGGGGUUUUUCUUUUAUGGACUAUAAUACAUUUAUGAUUAUAAACGCAGUGUAGAUUUGUUAAUUUAUAUUUCUGAAAUAAUUACCACCUCCUUAACUGUGUCGGGGAAUUAAAUAUAUUUGUCAUAAUAAAUUAUUUAAAAAAAACCUGUAAAGCCAUCCUACCCUUGGCUUUAUAUAGUCUAUACAUACAAUUUUUGCAGUCAUCUGCGCCAUUAAUCUGGUGGAAUUUGUCAGUUUACUUAGGAUCUUCAACUUUGCAACUACUGUGAUCUGACACAAGGUGGCUGGCAUGAUUUGUGAGGUCAGCUGGCCUGACCAUCUAAUAACUCGCAAUGUACUACUUCAUCUUCAAAGUCCUGUCACCUGUCCGCUAGCUUUCAUGGCCAUAGUCUUUCAUCAUUUUUUUUCUUUUAAAUAUUAUCUUUCUACACUUUAAAAUAAUUUUUUUGUUACUUUAUCAGUAAAUUUGAUCUAGGCCAGUUUGAUGGCCUUUUGCCAGUCUGACAGUGUGGCACUGUCCUUGUACCAAAGUUACCUACAUGCUUGUACUGUAAAUAGGCGUAUGGCUUUAUUGCUUGCAGAAUACCAUACCACCACAUCUUAUGCACUGUAAUGAUGGUGAUGCGUGCACAAUUCCCGAUAUAAUACCAUUAAUGUAACUGCAGCACAUGUAAACUGGUAUAUAUCAGUGGAAUUCAGAAUGGGGCUAUUGCUUCAGCAGUUACUAAACAUAUGCUGCACUUCAUUCAUGUUUAAACAGGAAAUAAAUCUCCGUUAUGCUAGAGAAUAUCACACAAAGCAAAACUAGACCAAAUAUUGUCCUUUGUUUCUAUUUAGAAUUAUGUUGUAAUUAACUGUUAUGAAAUAAUGCCUAUUAGUUCAUACAUAGUUUAUUCUGGUCUUAUCUGCAGCCUGACCAUUUCAGUCCUUUGCAUCAUUAGCAACAGGUCAACAAGUAGACAGCACACAUCUCUCCUGUGCUACCUCACCAUCUCUCUCUUCAUAUACAUACUGCUCUAACAUGUAGGAAUGUAGCAAUGGCCAGGAAGCAGGAGACAUGCAGUUAUGUGUUUGCUAAUGGAGAUUAAGGUCAGCAAAGCUUGAGGCACCAAGGAUCUGGAAAACAAAAAUAGGUUUUAUUAUAGGCUUGUUUGCCGCUUUCAAAGCUGAUUUCCUGGUAUUCUAAUGAAUGCCUGGAAAUUUUGGCAACCAGUCUGCUCAGAGAGUGCAGCUACAAUAACAUCCCCUGCUAUCAUGACUUGGUCGGGUUCAGUACAGUUCCUGUCCUUCGUAACAUUGAGCCCAGCUGAGUUUAUAUGAAGUUACUUUGUAAUCCUUUCAGCUCCCUGUAAGAGGUGAGCAAUAGGAACACUUGCUGUAAUGAGCCCAGUGAGGAGGUGUAGUUGGAGCAUGGCCAUCCUCCUUCGUUCCCAGUAACUUCAUAUACUGUAUUUAGCCUAUUGGUCACUGAUGCUCUGUGUAUGGGAAUUACUUCCCAAAUAACAAUUUAUUAAAAACCUGUACCCUUGCAAACGAGAGUGGGGUGAGGUUUCCCAUCUGUUGUUUGUAGUGUAAAGGGGGGUACACACGUAGCGAUGUUCAGCUCAUUUCUAAGCAAUCUGACUAGAUUGCUUAGAACAUUGCGCCGUGUGUAGGGGGGCCGGCGACAGCAAAACGUGAUCCUGCGCGUCGCUAUCGCCGGUGCUAAAUUGGCCUGCAUGCAGGCACAAUCUAGCAGGUCACACAUUUCACCGCUGGGUAAAUUGAGCGGCCCUCCGUGUCCUUUCUCCCCCCUCGCUCAGCACAUCACGCUGUGCUGAGCAUGGGGAGAGAUGUGUGCUGAGCGGUUUGUGCUAGACCACUCAGCACACAUCUCUAAGGAUAUCUCCCCGUCAGUACGGCCCUUAAGAUGUACCAGCAACAGAGUGGUGUAGUUGUUACAGCAUGUCGCCUGUUACAUACUUUUUGCCAAGAAUGAUAAAUACCUUUUAUAAUAGGUUUCAUAUCCUCCGCCAUUACAUGAUAUCCUACAUGUAAGGGCAUUUCCUGUGACAUUGCCUCCCUUCUUUGGCUCUUUCCCAAGAAUGUGCUGCAUAAAUGAAGACGUUACAUAGGGCCACAGAUUUCCCAGGUUUAAUAACUGGUCACUAGUUUGGAUGUUAAGGAUAUCUGUGAGCGACCAUAUAGUGCUUUAGAACAUGAUCCCCCAACUUGUUUCCUUACGGCUCACUCUGUCUUGUUUCCAUCUCUUUACCCAAACCAACACACCAGUGUGAUAUAAAUUUGCUGCAGUAGGUUUUCUUGGUACAUUCUGUCAAAAUAUGUAAAAACAUGUCUAGGCUAUCGGUAUUGAUGGUGAAGUAUUGUUAUAUAAAGUAUACAAUGUUGGAUGACACAAAAAAAGUUUGUUUUUGAACUCAUUAACAAUGUUGGAUGCAAAUAAAAUGUAAGCAUAUUUUUAAUGUAGAAUAAGAUUUUUUAGAUUUCAAACUGGAAAAAAAAACGUAGCUGCUAAUUUGUCAGUGAUCUGUCAUUCAGCAAACUGCAAUUCUCACUGUCCGAUCCUUGUUUUGUUAGAAUUUCUCUUUUAUGUUUCGUUCUGUGGAAUUUAGGUUGCGUUAGUCCUCAAGUGUACUUGAUGCCUUUUACAGGAUGAAAGGAGCCACUUUAUGAGCUGAACCAAUAUUUAUUAGAAUGCAGCCUAUCAAUUUGCCAGGAACUAGUGAAUUUAUAGGCUGAAUAAUUGUUCAGCCCACACAAUGACGGUCUUCAGUGUAUGUGGGAGACAGGUACACUUAAAAUACUGGGACUUCAGAAAUAAGUGAUGGGUGGCUGUUCUUUGAUUUGUUUUUUUUGUUAGUAAUUGCUGCCUUGUCUACCAUCAGCAGCACUAUAAUGCUUAUUACACCUCUGUACUCUUCAAAACAUCAUACAUUACUGAUAUUCUCUCUGAAGAUUGUCAAAAAAGAGUUUGUACUGACACACAAAUCUUUGUAAAUAUCCAGACUGUGCAGAAGAACAAUAAUAACCUGUUUGGUAACUUGGAUAAAAUUGUCUUUUUCAUAUUGAAGAAUGUUAAAGGUCUGUAGACUCACUAUUGGUGCUUAAUAGCGUUUGAGAACAAUAUUUUCAUGCUAAUGUUUUGGGGGUUAAUGCACUGAGGAUAGGAGCUGUGCACUUAUGAAUUGAAAUUAUUGGACUCUUUGUCUAAAUAUAAAUGUGUAAAAUCCAUGCAUGUUAAUAAGUAUUGUUCUGUUCCUGCCUUUGGUUUUAAUGGAUAUAUAUAUAUAAUUUCUCAUUAAACAAGAAAACUUCUUUUUUUUGUUGUGGGCGCCAAAACAUGGUCAUUUUGUUUAUGAUCACACUCACUGGAGGUAAGAGAUAAGAGAACACUCAGCCAUUAAAUAGUUUUACAUUAUUACAGGUUUAAACGUGUGCCUGUCAUU